AUGGCGGCGCCCAGGGAGGCGCCGGAGCGGCGGCUCUUCGGGAGGCGCUUCCUCACCGAUCCCGCCCGCCUCUUCCAGCACAAUGCCUGGGAUAAUGUGGAGUGGUCAGAAGAGCAGGAAGCCAGUGCCAGGAGUAAAGUUCAAGAGAACAGCUCACAGCUAUUGCCACAAGAUAAACAAGAGGAAUAUGAGGUGAAUGCUAAGAGGUACUGGGAUGACUUUUAUAAAAUCCAUGAAAAUGGCUUCUUCAAGGACAGGCACUGGCUGUUCACUGAAUUUCCUGAGCUGACACCUAACAGGAACCCAAGUCAAAAUGGGGAUUCUGUGCAUGAAUUUAGUAACAAAGAAGAAUCCACCAAUGGAGGGCUGGGAAGCUGUGAAAAUGGACAUUGUUCAUUGGAAACCAGGGCAGAGAAUGAGUUAAACCUGAUAAAAAGCACACCUAAGAUCUGCACAGAGGAGCUGGCUACACAGAAGUAUAGUGAGCCGAAUCAAAGUGAUGGAGAUUACCCAGGAUCAUCUGCAUCUUAUCGUAUAUUAGAGGUUGGCUGUGGUGCUGGAAAUACAGUCUUCCCAAUUUUACAAACCAACAAUGACCCAGGCCUUUUUGUUUAUUGCUGUGAUUUUUCGACAACAGCUGUGGAUCUUGUCCAGAACAACGUGGAAUACGAUUCUUCUCGCUGCUUUGCGUUUGUCCAUGACCUGUGCAAUAACCAAAGUCCUUUCCCAAUGCCAGACGAGAGUCUUGACAUUGUUAUUCUUAUCUUUGUCCUCUCAGCGAUUCUCCCAGAGAAGAUGCAAUGCAUCGUUAACAGACUGAGUCGCCUUCUGAAACCAGGAGGAAUGAUUUUGUUACGAGAUUAUGGCCGUUAUGAUCUGGCCCAGCUUCGGUUUAAGAAAGGUCAAUGUCUGUCUGAUAACUUCUAUGUGAGAGGUGAUGGCACCAGAGUCUACUUCUUCACACAAGAUGAAUUAGAUGAUCUCUUCACCACAGCUGGGCUGGAGAAAAUCCAGAAUCUGGUUGAUCGGCGAUUGCAAGUGAACCGUGGGAAACAAAUGACGAUGUAUCGAGUAUGGAUCCAGUGCAAAUACCGCAAGCCUGCCACCUCUCAGCUGUGAGGAAACGGGGCAUGCUUUUUAGGUUGGAGCCUCUUCAUGGCCAUGUGCAGUGUCUUGUCCUGGUGAGAUGUGGUUUUACGGAGUUCAGUGCACACAGGACGUCAGUGCCUUUUGCAGUGCCUAGCAUCACUUCAAGUGAGUUUUGCUAAGGACAGAUGUUCUAAGAGGAGACCAAGCAGUAUUUUAGAUGUCUUGCUACUGCUCUGAGUUUUUUUAGAUUAUUUAUGGUUUUAACAACUUAAGAAAUGGUCAAGCUGUCUUACAGCAGCUGAGCAAGUUGAGUAGCGAGUCACUCUUACUCUGGAUUUCCACCUGAAACAGAAAGAGAGCUUCAACCUUACCUCUGUGUUGCAUACUCUUGUCUUGGGAACAAAAACCAUGCAACUGGUAAAUCUGUUCUUCUUUGCAACUGGUCACUAUGCCUAAUAAGGGUCCCUUAGCCAGCUUAUCUCAUGCAGCUCUCUUUUAGUCAUUCAGAUUUGUGCAAAUCCACAAGUUAAAAUUACAUGGAUUGAGGGCAGGAACUGUGAGCAUGCUAGUUUCUCUGUGCCAGCUUCCCCACGGAUGCCUCAUGGUGUGCAGAUGACCUGUGGAGAAAGCAGAUUAUGCUGCCUUACCCUCACUGUCCACAAGGAUGUUCAUCUAGAGGGCUAGCACACUGUAGCUCAGGUGCUAUAAAUUCAUAUCAGGCAAGGUUCAGGCUUUCAAAGAUUUGGGGCUGAUGCCAGUUUUGGGGCACCUCCAGAGUGCAGAGUAUGACAAGCAGCUCACAGGACCAGGGUU